AUGACAGCAACCCUGCUUUUCUGCAUAGCGGAGGACGCUAAGCCUUUCAUUCACAGAAUCCUGGCUGAGGAUCGUGUCUAUCUCGUUCAAUCGCAUAAUCUACCGAAAGAUAAGAGUGGCUUCAAGACAGAUUUAAAGGAAGGGGAGGAUUUCGAGACGGAAUUUAUCGGUACUUCUCUACAAAACUGCCAGAAAUGGACACUGGAGAAGCAGUUCCAAGUCAAUUUCAUUCAGCAGAACUUUCCGGCCAUUGCGGAUGAGCGCACCUCCCGUGAUGGAACUAUUCUGAUGCAAUGUUAUAAGAAGGACUUGGGCGAAGACGGCGAGUUGGAGUUUCCACCGUACGGCAUCCUUCCCAAGGAAAGAGACACAUGGUACGACUUCAGAAUCGACCCUAAAGGGUCAUUUAGGUUGACGGCUGCUCUGUUCGCUACCGAGCCAGAUGUGAUAUAUCCUACCGAUUUUGGGCGUAAGGAGGAACUGACAGAUGAAUACGGUGUGUUCAAUAUUAUUGCGGCGAACCGUGCGGUAGGUAGAGACACGUACAGCGCAUUUGAGUGUCUGUACCUCCAGAGGCAUGAAGAUACGGGAAUAUGGGAGAGGUGA